AUGACGACCUCACCAGCUUCCUCCGGAACUGGUACGGCCCUCCAAUCGAUUCAAGCAGAGUUUCCUCUCAAGUUCCAACAACUCCCCGCGGCUGUUUACCUCACACCCAAUCUUUCGGCGGACACAAGCAGCAGACGGGUCGUAGACAGCUUCAUAGCUUUUACCACCACGUGGCCAAUGCUCGCUGAGGCAUGGUACCAUGAACUAUCUCGGCUUGAGGAGCGCCGUGGUAGGGCCCAGCCACUCGACAAGCCCAGAAGUUUCGACAUGGCGGCCAAAAACCUCGGCUCGAGGUUCCACGAGGUCGAUACACCUCCCGCGGGUUGCACUCCACUCAGCAAGAAGGAGGCAUAUCACCUGGCAGGAUACUUGUGCAACUGGUUCGGCAGGUGCUUGCUAGCGCAUCUUCCUGCGAGGCAGGCGGUGCGUUGCGAGCGCAAAAAGCUGAAGAGGGUUAUAGCUAGGUUGGCAAAGGCAGUCUGCGCGUGGGUCUUUGAUGAUGAGACCGGGGCUAGACUUAAGAACUACGGCAGUAUUCCUACGCCGUAUAGCCAGGAGAUGCGACGGGCGCUACGCUAA